AUGUGGGGAACGGUUGCAGGCAGGGGAAGGCGUGACCUGCAUGGAAAAUGCCAGACAACUCCAGACGCACACACACACAGGCGCACACACACUCACAAAUCUCCGGACAGAGAUAAGGCAGACAGCGGAGCGCUUGGAAGGAGGCAAAGCCGUCCCCCGCAAACCAAGCAGCAAUCCUCCGCGUCAAACCCACCCGCAAACCCUCCCGGCAGCAAAAUGAGGUACCCCCUGACCUGGUCCUUUUGCGCCUUGCUGCUCUGCGCGGUGGAUGCCAUUGAGCUGACGGACAUGUUUGGGGAGAUCCAGUCUCCCAACUUCCCCGAUUCUUAUCCCAGCGACUCGGAAGUGACAUGGAACAUCUCUGUGCCCGACGGAUUUAAAAUCAAGCUGUACUUCAUGCAUUUUGACUUGGAGUCAUCCUACCUCUGUGAAUACGACUAUGUAAAGAUUGAAGCUGAGGACCAGGAGCUGGCAACCUUCUGCGGCAGGGAGACGACAGACACAGAGCAGGCUCCCGGCCAGCAAGUGAUCCUGUCCCCAGGGCCCUAUAUGGGGCUUACUUUCAGGUCCGACUUCUCCAACGAGGAACGCUUCACUGGCUUCGAUGCCCAUUACACUGCCGUGGACGUGGACGAGUGCCUGGAGAAAAGCGAUGAGGAGCUGGCGUGCGAUCACUACUGCCACAACUACAUCGGCGGGUACUACUGCUCCUGCAGGUUCGGCUACAUCCUCCACUCUGACAACAGGACCUGCAAAGUGGAGUGCAGCGACAACCUCUACACCCAGAGGAGUGGGGUGGUCACCAGCGCUGACUUCCCCAGCCCCUACCCGAAGAGCUCAGACUGCCUGUACCGCAUCGAGCUGGAGGAGGGUUUCUUCAUCACCCUGAGCUUCGAGGACAGCUUUGACGUGGAAGACCACCCCGAGGUGACCUGUCCUUAUGACUACGUCAAGAUCAAAGCUGGCCAUAGGGAGUUUGGCCCUUUCUGUGGAGAGAAGUCCCCAGGACGCAUUGAAACCCAAACCAACAGUGUGCAGAUCCUCUUCCACAGUGACAACUCGGGAGAGAACAGGGGCUGGAAGCUGUCAUACACAGCAAUUGGAAACCCGUGCCCACUGGUGCAACCACCAAUCAACGGGAAAAUCGAGCCUUCCCAAGCCAAGUACACCUUCAAAGACCAGGUUGUCAUCAGCUGCAACACUGGAUACAAAGUCCUGAAGGAUAACCUGGAAAGCGACUCCUUCCAGAUCGAGUGUCUAAAGGAUGGGACCUGGAGUAACAAGAUCCCUAUCUGCAAAAUUGCUGACUGCAAAGCGCCGCUGGAGCUGGAGCAUGGCUUUGUCACCUUCUCCUCCAGGAACAACCUGACCACCUACCGAGCAGCCAUCCAGUACCACUGCCAGCACCCCUACUACCACAUGGCCCCCAACAGCACCGCCACCUACACGUGUGAUGCAUCGGGCGUAUGGAGGAGCGAGGAGCUGGGGACCAAGCUGCCGUCCUGCCGACCAGUGUGUGGCCGGCCAGCUCGUUCUCUGCCUGGGAUCAUCAAGCGCAUCAUUGGUGGGCGAAACGCAGAGCCUGGCUUCUUCCCCUGGCAGGCCCUGAUAGUGGUGGAGGACAUGUCCCGGGUGCCCAAUGACAAAUGGUUUGGCAGCGGUGCCCUGCUCUCAGACUCCUGGGUGCUGACAGCCGCCCAUGUCCUCCGCUCCCAGCGGCGAGACAAGACUGUCAUCCCUGUCUCCAAGGAGCAUGUCACUGUCUACCUGGCCCUUCAUGAUGUGAGGAACAAGAUGGAGGCCGUCAAUCGGACAGUGGAGAAGAUCAUCCUCCAUGAGGAGUUUGACAUCCAGAACUACAACCACGACAUUGCUCUGGUCAAGCUGAAGGAGAAGGUGACCAUGGGGAACUACGUCAUGCCUGUCUGUCUGCCCCAGUUUGAGCACGAGUUGGAGGGGCCUCACCCUAACACGCUGGGGCUGGUGGCUGGAUGGGGUAUCUCUAACCCCAACAUCACGGUGGAUGAGAUCAUCAGCUCAGGCAUGAGGACGCUGUCUGACAUCCUGCAGUACGUCAAACUGCCAGUGGUGCUGCAUGCAGAGUGCAAGACCAGCUACGAGUCGCGGUCAGGGAACUACAGCGUGACCGAGAACAUGUUCUGCGCCGGCUACUAUGAAGGUGGGAAGGACACUUGCUUGGGAGACAGUGGAGGAGCCUUCGUCAUCCAGGACCCCGGAACCCGGAGAUGGGUGGCCCAAGGGCUGGUCUCAUGGGGUGGCCCAGAGGAGUGCGGCAGCAAGCAGGUGUACGGUGUGUACACCAAAGUCUCCAACUAUGUGGACUGGGUGGAGAAGAAAACAGGCUCCUCAGAGAGAUGGACAUUUCUGGACCCGGAGCUGGAGAGAUGA